AUGUCGGAAUCGAGUCCAUUGGAUGCGUCCUUUGUCGUUGUGGACAGGGAUGCGAGCGCUACGGGUGCUGCACCACGCCUGAAUCCGACGAAUGCGCCGGCCUCUAGCAAAAGCGGUCCUAUCCCGCCCAAAACCGCCCACGUACCCUACGCUCAUGACUGGUCGAAGGAAGGCACGAACGGUGGAAUUAGUGUGCAAGGGCGGCACUUUGUGGAUGGCCUCGGCAGGAUCUGCAGCUUGCGCGGCGUGAACCUUUCUGGCUCGAGCAAGACGCCAGUGAAUCAUGACCACGAGCGCUUCCCGGCCGAUCACGAAGGCGUCACAUUCGUCGGCCGUCCGUUCACGCUUGAAGAGGCACCGCAGCACUUUGCAAGACUCCGACGGUGGGGGCUGACUUUUGUCCGAUUCCUCGUCACUUGGGAAGCGGUUGAGCACGCUGGCCCUGGACAGUAUGACCACGAGUACCUCACCUAUAUCCGUUCUCUCCUGUCGCUGCUCCCACAGUACGGGCUGGUCGCCUUCGUCUCGCUUCACCAGGACGUCUGGUCGCGUUACUCCGGCGGCUCAGGUGCGCCUGCAUGGACGUUGGAGCAGGUCGGCUUCGAUCUGCAUGCUUUGGAAGAUACGGGAGCCGCGUGGCUGGUCGGUGUCAAAGGCGGUGGCCACGUCGAAGCCGAGCGAGGCAUAUGGCCGUGCGGAUACCAGAAACUGGCCGCGGCCACCCUCAACACAUGUUUCUGGGCAGGCGAUACGUUCACACCAAAGCUGAAGGUCAAGGCGAAGGAUGGCACGGAGACGUCUGUGCAGCAGUUCUUGCAGAACGCCUUCCUGAACAUGUGGGACCAAGUUGUGAAGGCCGUCGGUGACCUUCCCGCUGUCCUGGGCUUUGAGAUCAUGAACGAGCCCCAUCGCGGAUAUGUGGAAUUGAAGUCCCUCCACGAAUUCGUGUACGAAACCGACUUACAUUUAUCCCACGUUCCAUCCGCCAUGCAGUCCUUCUUACUCGGUUCCGGUCACCCAACUCGCGUCGGACAUUGGACGCGCUCCUUCCCUAUGCCUACCCGACUUACGGGCUCAGAAGUGCUUAAUCCACACGGCAAAACGUGCUGGCGUGCCGACGGGCCUACCUCCGGUCAAUGCAUCUGGGAGAUGCACGGCGUCUGGGGAUGGGACAAGAGGAAGGAUGAAGGAGUCGUGUUGAGGGAGAGCUACUUCGUCAAGCACCCGAUGACCGGCAAGAAGGUGGAGUGGUAUGAGGACUACUAUUACCCAUUCGUGAAGAAGUGGGCGGAGAGGGUGAGAGGCGUCGCGGGCGCGGACAAGAUAGUCUUUGUGGAACCGAUACCGAACGAAUUCUGCCCGGAGUCUUGGACCCCCGAGCGCCGACCGGCGAACUUGGUUUACGCUCCUCACUGGUACGAUCUCAAUGCCCUGUUCGCCAAGGCUUUUGGAGAUUUCACCGUGAACGUGCAAGCUCUCUCCCGAGGCGCCUUUCCUCUCAAUACGUUCUACUGGGGCCAGCGCGGGGCCCGUGACAACUACGCCCUGCAAAUGAAGAACAUCGUCGAAGCUGGCUACCGUGCACUGGGCGAGACCCCGGUCAUCAUUGGCGAGUGUGGAAUACCGAUGGACAUGAACAAAGGUGAAGCCUUCAAGUCCGACAACUGGGAAUGGCAAGGUCGGAUGAUGGACGCCAUGAUGACCGCGCUCGAGCGUGCGCUCAUCGGUUUCACCCUGUGGAACUACAAUCCAGACAAUGCGGAUCAUAUUGGCGAUGACUGGAAUGGCGAGAACUUCUCGUGGUUCAGUCGGACGCGGGCGUUGCCUAAAGAGUUCCUACUGGAGGACCAGACCUCUGCGAGUUUGGACCAAGGCGGACGUAUCCUCCAAUCGGUGAUUCGGCCGUAUCCCGCUAAAAUCGCAGGUAUACCCUUGAAAUUCGAUUACGAAGCCACCACUGGCAAGUUCGCGUUCGAAUGGGCGACGCCCGAUCCAUCUCAGACAUCGGUUGCUGCUGCCGCUUCGGUCUCGAGCCCUCCGUUGAACCUAGCUACACCGUCGACCGCGGAGACCCAGAUUUACGUGCCGUCCAUGGUUAUCCAUGGGCGCAAGCUCGUGGUCAAGGGCUUGCGGGACGGGGACACUCACCGUUACGUGGAGGAGCUGCAGACGUUGUUCGUCACGACGGAGGAUACCACGCCGGGAAGCGUGCAUAAGCUAGUGGUCGAGCUGGACCCGCCGCUCAAGGCGCCCUGGAUAGUAAACGAUUUCUGGACCGACUUCGGCGUAUGGGUCUGGACGGUGCUUGCUGCGAUCAUCUCCUUCAUCGUGUUCAGGGCUAUUGGGUGA